GUCACAGGUCCCGUGAUCGCCGCAGCACCAGGAAGUCUUCUCGCAGUCUGGGAAGCUCACACGGCCGGGCGGCAACACUGCACCUCGAGGCCCCUGAAGUUCGUAUCGUGUCCGAAGCCGCUCCACUGCAGCCAUGGCUACCUUUAUCUCGGUGCCGCUUAAGAAGACGUCCGAGGUGGACCUGGCCAAGCCGCUCACCAAGUUCAUCCAGAGCGUGUACCCGGCCGGGGACGAUAGGACGGAUUACUGCCGGGCGGCCGACGAGCUGAACAAGCUGCGCAAGAGCGCCGUGGGGAGACCCCUGGACAAGCACGAGGGCUCGCUGGAGACCGUCAUGAGGUAUUAUGACCAGCUAUGUUCAGUAGAGCCAAAGUUCCCGUUUACAGAAAGUCAGCUAUGUCUAACUUUUACAUGGAAAGAUGCCUUUGAUAAAGGAUCAAUAUUUGGAGGAUCUGUGAAACUUGCCCUUCCUAGUUUAGGGUAUGAGAAGACAUGUGUUCUCUUCAAUAUCGGUGCUUUGGCUAGCCAGAUUGCAACGGAACAGAAUCUUGAUAAUGACGAAGCAUUAAAAACAGCUUCCAGGUUUUAUCAGCUUGCUAGUGGAGCAUUUGGUCACAUCAAGGAUACAGUUUUGUCUUCUUUAAACCGUGAUCCUACUGUUGAUAUAUCUCCAGACACUGUUGGGACACUCAGUCUAAUAAUGCUUGCUCAAGCCCAAGAGGUGUUUUUCUUAAAAGCUACAAGAGAUAAAAUGAAAGAUGCUUUGAUUGCCAAAUUGGCUAACCAAGCUGCUGAUUACUAUGGGGAUGCUUUUAAACAGUGUCAGAACAAGGAUACAUUACCAAAGUAUUUCUAUUUCCAGGAGGUGAUCCCUGUCCUGGCUGCCAAGCACUGCAUAAUGCAAGCCCAUGCUGAAUAUCACCAGUCAGUCCUGGCAAAGCAGCAAAAGAAAUUUGGUGAAGAAAUUGGGAGGUUACAGCAUGCCUCUGAUUUGGUGAAGACUGUAGCUUCCCGCUAUGAUGAGUAUGUUAAUGUAAAAGACUUGGCUGAUAAAGUCAACCGUGCACUUACAGCUGCCAAGAAGGACAAUGAUUUCAUUUAUCAUGAUAAAGUUCCAGAUUUGAAAGAACUUGAAGCAAUUGGAAAAGCUUCUAUUGUGAAACCAACACCUGUUGUGAUUCCUCUCAGCCAGAAAUACAGUGAUCUGUUUGAGAAAAUGGUGCCUUUAGCAGUGCAGCAGUCUUUGAGUGCCUACAAUCAGCGAAAAGCUGAGCUUAUUAAUGCAACAAUUGUUCAAAUGAGAGAUGCCACAACCUUAUCAAAUGGGGUACUUGCUUCUUUAAAUCUUCCUGCUGCAAUUGAGGAUGUGUCUGGUGACAGCAUACCACAAUCAAUUCUACAGAAGUCAAAGGCAGUUAUUGAACAGGGUGGUAUUCAGACAAUUGACCAGCUAAUAAAAGACCUUCCUGAAUUGCUUCAAAGAAACAAGGAAAUUCUUGAGGAGUCCCUAAAGUUUUUGGAUGAAGAGGAAACUACUGACAAUGAAUUAAAGUCAAAGUUUAAAGAGCGUUGGCAGAGAACUCCAUCCACUGAACUUUAUAAACCUUUGAGAACUGAGGGUUCCAACUUUCGUAAUGUCCUGGAUAAAGCAGUUGGAGCAGAUGCUGUUGUAAAAGAGCGCUAUUUGUCUCAUCGGGAAGCAAUAUCCAUUUUGUGUAAGCCAGAAGCACAACUCAAUGCAUCAAUUCCUUCUGCAAACCCAGCAAAAACCAUGCAGGGUAGUGAGGUCGUAAGCACACUAAAAUCAUUGUUAUCAAAGUUGGAUGAAGUAAAGAGAGAGCGAGAACAGCUUGAAAAUGACAUCAAAUCUGUCAAUUUUGAUAUGACAACCAAAUUUCUAACUGCUUUGGCUCAAGAUGGAGCUAUUAAUGAGGAGGCCAUAUCUGUGACUGAACUUGAUCGAAUCUAUGGAAAUUACACUCACAAAAUGCAGGAAAACCUAAAGAAGCAGGAAGAGCUUAUUAACAAUAUACAGAUUUCUUACCAAGAGUUUUCAAAAAUGAAACAAUCAAAUAGUGAAGCUAAUCUCAGAGAAGAAGUCUUGAAAAAACUUGCUGUAGGACAUGACAACUACAUUGAACUUGUAGCAAAUUUGAAAGAAGGCACAAAGUUUUACAAUGAUUUGACAGAAAUUUUGCUGAAGUUCCAAGGCAAAUGCAGUGAUAUUGUUUUUGCACGCAAAACAGAGAGAGAUGAAUUGUUAAAAGAUUUACAACAAAGUAUUGCAAGAGAACCAAGUGCACCAUCAUUUCCUGUUGCACCAAGCUAUCAGACAACACCAUCAACCACUGCUAGUGCGUCUUCAAGUAUUCCAACACCUGCACCCCGUACUGUCUUUUCUGGUAAACAACCACCUCCACGCCCUCCUCCACCAUCAGUACCUGCCUCUGCUCCAGCUCCUACUCCAGUUAGUGCAGCUCAAAUGAAUAAUCCAGAAAUCGCAACCGCUGCAUCAGCUCCAAUUCCUUCACAAGCUCCCUCCAACACACUACCUACACAGGCACAAGGGCCCCCUUUCCCAUCCUACCCUGGAUUUACAGGAUAUUAUGGAAUGCAUAUGCCAGUUGGUUACAACCCAUAUAUGUAUGGCCAACAAGCCAUUCCUCCAUAUAUGUACCAACCACAAUCUGGACAAGCGCCGUAUCCAACUCAGCAGCCUGGCUACCCAUACCCACAGCAGCCUUACUUCCCACCACAAUAAAAAGUACGAUGGCUUUAAAAAUUCCUUGCUACGGAGUUUAAAAAGAAGUCUGCAAUAAGCAAACUAAACUUUUAGCACAGUUAUUGCAUUGUAUCAUACUCCAUUCUCCAUAUCUGUCUUGAGUUUUAAGAGCUACGUUUAUUAGUCUGAUUGCACCAAACUGCUGCCUACUUUCAAACACCUGGCAUGAAGUGGUCAGAAAGAAAGGCUGACCAUUUACAUUUGAUGAAAAUCAACUUCUGCAAAAAUGUUUUUGUUUUUUUUUAAAUAGAGUGCUGAGGUGAUUUCAAAUGUGUAGUGUCCAAAACUCCUGUAUUAUUGUUUUUGAAAUAUAAAGAUAUUUGUGUUUCGGGGGGGAGAAACUGGGUUGUAAGUUCUUUUCUAUUUUCCUUUUUCCUUUGUUAAUUCCUUUACAUUUCUGUCCUGGUAUGCUAUUUUGUCUAUUAAUCAAAGCAUUGUAAAUCAUAAUUUAAAAGAAUAAAGAGAUUACAAGUUUUCA